GUGUACAGUUCUGGUCACAGAAUUAUAGGAAAGAUGUCAACAAAAUAGAGAGAGUAUAGAGGAGAUUUACUAGAAUGUUACCUGAGUUUCAGAACCUAAGUUACAGAGUUAGGUGUUUAUUCUUUGGAGCAUAUAAAGUUGAGGGGUACUUGACAGCGGUAUUUAAAAUUAUGAGGGGGAUGGAUAGAGUUGACGUGGAUAGGCUUUUUCCAUUGAGAGUUGGGGAGAUUCAAACAAGAGGACAUGAGUUGAGAGUUAGGAGGCAAAAGUUUAGGGGUAACACGAGGGGUAACUUCUUUACUCAGAGAGUAGUAACUGUGUGAAAUGAGCAUCCAGUAAAAGUGGUAGAGGCAGGAUCGAUAUUAUCAUUUAAAAAUAAGAAAAUUGGAUAGGUAUAUGAACAGGAAAGUAAUGGAGGGUUUUGGACUGAAUGCAGUUCUGUGGGACUAGAUGACAGGAAGCAUUCGGCACAGACCAGAAGGGCCGAGACGACUUGCGUCCGUACUAUAAUUGUUAUAUGGCUAUGUGGUUACUAUUCCUCAUGUUGCUUUCCGAGGGAACAGGCAUGACAGUGAAAUUCCCACACCCAUUUCUGAUUAUGACACAGAUACACUUCCUGAUUUUUGAAGAAUAUCAUUUCUACCAUUGUCACAUUCUCUAAAGUAAAUAUGUCCACAAUCAAUGUUUUCCUACGCUCCCUAUCACAGCCGAAUACAUUGAUUGGAGACGCCCCACACGCCUGACAGAGUCAUAGAUACAUAGAAAACUUACAGCAGUGUACAGGCCCUUCGGCCCACAAUGCUGAUCCGAACUGUCCUUACUUUAGAAAUUAUUUAUGGUUACCCAUAGCCCUCUAUUUCUCUAAGCCCUAUGUAACCAUAAUACAGAACAUUAUGAACUCAUAACUUGGCUGGAGAAGUCUGAACACAGAAUCUAAGGUACUAAGUUACAUUUGUUUUCCAAAUCAGUCACGAUUGAUUUUCAUAGAUACAACUAUAUCUGACUCAAUACUAUCAAAAUGUGAUACUGAAGUUAUCAAUACUUUUCUCAUGUGGAAGGCAAUUCAACUAUGCACCAUUAUACCUAGAUCACUCUGUUCUACUGCAUUCCUCAACGCCCUACUAUUUACCAUGUAUGUCCUAUUUUGAUUAGUCCUACCAAAAUGUAGCACCUCAGACUUAUCGACAUUAAACUCCAUCUGCCAUCGCUCAGCCCACUCUUCUAACUGGCCUAAAUUUUGUCGCAAGCUUUGAAAACUACUUCAUAUCCACAACGCCACCUAUCUUAGUAUCAUCUGCAUACUUUCUAAUCCAAUUUACCACCCCAUCAUCCAGAUCAUUAAUGUAUAUGACAAACAACAUUGGACCCAGUACAGAUCCCUGAGGCACACCACGAGUCACCGGCCUCCAACCUGACAAACAGUUAUCCACCAAUACUCUCUGGCAUCUCCCAUCCAGGCGAUAUGAGAAACUUACAGGGGGAGUGGUGAUCAGAGCUAGGAAGUUGGUUAGUGAAAGAAGGCCAUGUAAGAAAGGAGAAAGGGGCUGGAGAGAGCACCAGAGGGAAGCGUAGAUGAUCUUAGUGUGGCCAUUUGUAUUUCGGUUAGACCCGACGUAGAUUGAGAGACCGUUUCACUGAGCAUUUACGCUCUGUCCGCCAGAACAAGCGGGAUCUCCCUGUGGCCACCCAUUUUAUUUCCACUUUCCAUUCCCAUUCCGGUACAUCAGUCCAAGGCUUCCUCCAAUGUCGGGAUAAGGGCACACUCAGGUUGGAGGAACAACACCUUAUGUUCCGUUUGAGUAGCCUCCAACCUGAUGGCAUCAAUAUUGAUUUCUCAAACUUCCAGUAAAGGUCCCUCUCCCCCUUCACCGUUCCCCAUGCCCUCGUACGUCUCACGUUAUCUCCUUGCCGGUCAUCGCCUGCCUCUGGUGCACACCCCCCCCCCCCACCCUUUUUCUUUCUUCCAGGGCCGUCUGUCUGUCAAGAAUCAACUUCCUAGCUCUUUGUUUCAUCCCUUCCCCUCCAAGCUUCACCUAUCGCCUGGUAUUUGUCUCUCUCCUCCACCCUCCCCCACCUUUCAAAUCUACUCCUCAGCUUUUCUUCUCUGGUCUUGCUGAAGGGUCUCGGCUCGAAACGUCAACUGUUCCAAAGAUGCUGCCUGGCCUGCUGAAUUCCUCCGGCAUUUUGUGUGCGUUGCUUGGAUUUCCAGCAUCUGCAGAUUUCCUCUUGUUUGUGAAAUUGUAGGCCAGUUAGCCUAACCUAAGUGAUUGGUAAACAGUGCAUUAUUUUAAAUUACUAUGAUUGCACAUUGCACAUUCAGAUGGAGACGUAAUGUAAAGGUUUUUACUCCUCAUGUAUGUGAAGGAUGUAAGAAAUAAAGUCAAUUCAAUUCAAUUAUUAAUGUUCAGGUUUCGAGGUAUUUGGAGGUACUUUUCACAUUGUUUGUCAAUGAUUUAGAUAAUGGAAUUGAUGGCUUUGUGGCAAAAUUUGUUGAUGAUACUAAGAUAGGUGAAGGGGUAGUUAGUGCUGAGGAAGCAAUGCGAUUGCAGCAAGACUUAAAGAAAUUGGAAGAAUGGGCAAAAUGUGGCCCAUGGAAAGCUGUGUUGGAAAAUGUAUGACAAUACAUUUUGGAAAAAAGAAUAAUAGUGCAGACUAUUAACUAAAUCAGGAGAAUGUUUAAACAUCACGGUUUAAUGUGGCAUCAUGCUGGCACCAACGUUGUGGGCCGAAGGGCUUAUUCCUGUGCUGUUCUGUGAUCUAUGCAGGUCCUGUGACAGCUGAAAUCCUGAACCGCCUGCUACCGAAAUUCCUCGCUCUCUGCUCUCUUCUUCAGCACCCGGCCUGUAAUCGGCAUAAGUUUCAAACUUGUAUUAAAAUCACAGACCAGUAGCAUCUCCCCUUUCUCCCCUUUCCACAGACGUUGUCUGACCUGCACUCACAUCCACACUCCCGUCCUUGUACAGCUGUGCUGCAGAGGUCAGGUCAACAUGCUGCAUAACAGUGGCGGACUGGAAGGGUCUACAACGGGUAGUCAAAAUUGCCCAACGCAUCACCGGCAUCCCCAGCCUACCUUCCAUCAGGGCGUAUAUACAGAAAGGCUCCGGAAAAGGGACAGGAACUUCAGGAAGGAUCCCACCUAUCCUGCCUGUGGGCUGUUUGCCCCUCUCUCAUGAGGGAGGAAGCUACGUAGCAUCCACAGCAGGACCACCAGACUUAAAAUCGGUUAUUUUCCUCAAGCAGUAAGACUGAUCAACACCUCCAAUGACUAAGCUAAACCUCCACAACCAACAACACCCACCCCACCACCAGCACGGUUUGAAAAUUGUCUGUAGAAACCACCUGAUUUCAGAGUGACUCCUGUAUCGAGCGCUUUUAUAUUUAUUGUGUUUUUCAUUGCGUUCUUUAUCUGAGUUUUUGUUCUGCAUCAGAUUCGGAAUAACAAUUAUUUCCUUCUCCUUUACAAUUCCGUAUCUUGAAACUUGAAUCUGUUGAGUAUUUGCAACACAUACUCUUUCAGAGACACGAGACUGAAGAUCUGCCGUCUCAAACCAUUUUCUGAAAGAACAGUGAGCUGAGCAGCGUCUGUAAUGAUGGAAGAGGUGAAUUGUCUGUGUUUUGUGUCAAAAUGUUGACUGUCUCAAUCUUGACAUUUUCUCCCCCAAUCACCCACCCACAGUGCACGUGCUGAUCAACAAAUACACUUUGUACGCUGGAUAAAGUAAUGGUGGGAGGGGGAUCUGUGAUUCUCCUUUGACAGAAUGCCCAUUACCCUUAUCUCCAUCUCCUCACGCACCAUAUCAGCACUGGGGAUUAAAAGUUUCUUCCAGAGGAACAGUGAUAUCUCUGGCUGUAGUGAGAGGUUGUCCAGUACGGGACAGUCGGGGUAAGUAAACUACGAGGGAAAUAAUCAACUUCACAACACAAUUAAUGUGGAAAUGUGAUGAUCUGGUGUUUAUUUAGACCAGGCCUCUCUGUCCAGUCAGGGGUCUGUUAAUUAAAUUUACUGUACUGUAUGAACAUCCAUUGGUGAAUCCAAUUAAUGCAACAGCUUUGGGCUAACUCCUGUCUGCUUAAAUACUGAGUUCUGAGUUGAGGCAUCUAAUAGUUUGUCCACUGUCUGUUCACAUGGAAGAUGUUCAACAGAAACACAAGGAGACUCUGCGGGCACAAACUUGAGAGUGAACACGAUCCUGAUGAGGGAGAAGGUGAAGGUUUUCCAGCUGGUUGAUCAAUACACUGAGCUCACGGUCAUUUCUACUGUUCGAGAUCGGAGACUGGUGGAACAUGAGCUGCUGGAAAGAGGCAGAGACCACGAGGAGUGGAGAGAAAAACAUCUCCGUGGUAAGCUGGAAAAAAUCCGGACUGAUCAGCUGUUCCAGAGCAGCUUUUCCCGGAGUAACUCUGAAUCUGGGAAUUCGGCAGCAGUUGCUGGAGACCCAGGGAUCGGGAAAACCACAAUGGUACAAAAGAUUGUUUAUGACUGGGUCACGGGGAAAAUAUAUCAACAAUUCCAGUUUGUCUUCAGUUUCAAAUUCCGGGGUUUAAACUUCAUUAACCACAGAAUAAACCUGACAGAACUCAUUCUGGAUCAGUAUCCUUACUUUGCAAAUAUCCUGAGAGAGGUCUGGAAGAACCCAGAGGGAUUGCUGUUUAUAUUCGAUGGUUUGGAUGAAUUCAAUGACGCAAUUGAUUUUGCUGACAGUCGGAGAGAUACAGAAACUUGGUCCACAUACACAGAUCCUGAAUUCAAGUGCAAGGUGUCUGAUAUUGUGUACAGUUUAAUCCAGGGCAAGCUGCUCCCAGGGUGUUCAGUGCUGGUGACCACCCGCCCCACUGCGUUACAUUUAUUGAAAAAGACUGAGAUCAGUGUCAGGGCUGAAAUCCUGGGAUUUUCUGGUGAGGAACGGAAGAAAUAUUUCUUCAGGUAUUUUGAAGAUCAGACGGUGGCAGCAGCUGUUUUCAGACAUGUGAAGGAGAACGAGAUCCUGUACAGCAUGAGCUACAACCCCUCCUACUGCUCGAUCCUUGCUCUGGCACUGGGCCCCUUCUUCACACCAAAUGUCAGGGACCCGCAGCGAGUGCCCAAGACCAUCACCCAACUGUACUCCUACUAUAUUUACAACAUCCUGAAAAACCACAGCCGUGAGAUUGAGAACCCCCGUGAUAUGUUACUCAGGGUUGGUCAGAUGGCCUUCAGAGGAGUGUCCGAGAAGAAGAUUGUGCUUACAGAUGGGGAUUUGAUCAACUACAAUCUGCAGCCUUCCCAAUUCCUGUCCGGGUUCCUGAUGGAGCUUUUGGAGAGAGAGGAUUCUGCCCGGAAUGUGGUGUACACAUUCCCACACCUCACCAUCCAAGAGUUUGUAGCUGCAGUCGCACAAUUCCUGAAUCCACAUCCCGGGGAUAUCUUGAAAUUCCUCACUGGAGCCCACAAUACCACAGAUGGGCGAUUUGAAGUAUUUCUCCGUUUUGUUGCUGGACUCUCCAACCCAAAGACAGCUCGGGGCCUGGAGGAGUUUCUGGGUCCAUUUCCUCAUCAAACAACCUGCCGGGUGAUUGACUGGGUGAAGGAGGAGGUUAUACGCCAGAUAAAUAUCUCUGCUGGUGAAGAUGAUACAAGGAACCUCCUGAACACAUUGCACUACCUGUUUGAGUCUCAGAAUACUGGACUGGCUCGAGGCACACUGGGAUCUGUGGAAAAACUUUCAUUCAGUGAAAUGCCACUGUCCCCGAUUGACUGCGGGAUCCUGUCUCAUGUCAUCGGAUUCUGUGAUACAAUAAAACACCUCUGUUUUUGGAACUGCCGUAUUCAGUUUGAAGGAAUACAGCGGCUGGGAUCCGGGCUACACAAGUGCCAGGAGUUGAGACUUGGGAGUAAUGACCUGGGAGAUUCAGGAGUGAAACUGGUGUCUGCGGCUCUGAGGAACCCAGAGUGUAAAAUACAGAAACUGCGGCUGAACGAUGUUGGCCUCACAGGUUCUGGUGCCGAGGAUCUCGCCUCCACUCUCAGUGCAAACCGUACACUUACAGAGCUGAACCUGAGUGUUAAUAAACUGGAAGAUUCAGGAGUGAAACUGGUGUCUGCGGCUCUGAGGAACCCGGAGUGUAAAAUACAGAAACUGUGGCUGUGGAAAGUUGGUCUCACGGAUUCUGGUGCCGAGGAUCUUGUCUCGGCUCUCAGUACAAACCAAUCACUGACGGAGCUGGACCUGAGAUUAAACUCGCUAACGGACCGAUCUGUCCCUGCUCUCCGUCGCCUGAUACUGUCCGUCCAAAGUCUGGCCUAUAUUGAGCUGUGGAGAAAUCACUUCAGUGAGACUAGGGAAAUGGAACUGAGAUCUCUGCAGGAAGUCAGACCCGGACUGACAGUGAACCUGUGAACAUCUGAAUGAGUGAACAUCCCCGCUCAAGGGAUGGGGACAUUUUGGUCGAUUCCUCACCAUCCCCUUUAAUGACAACACUCCGGGUUUAAUUCCCAAUGGUUCUAACGGGUCACGUUUCCAACCAAGCACUCUGUGAUGUCGGAGGUGUUUCCGCAGGCAUGUAAUUUCCCUUUGUGACCAGCGGCGCUAUUUCUGCUGGAUGUCCCGGUCUGAGAGUUCAUUUAAGUGAGACCUUGGGGAAAUACACAGAUAGAAGAGGCGGGGCUCAGUCUGGGACACCGGUGUCUGGGGUGGGAUUAUCCUGAGAGAGAACACUAUUGCUCACUAUGCUGAGGAAAAUACAUUUAGGAGUCUGUCCGAAAUUACGAUGUUAAAUGAGUAAGUACCUUGGUAGCGACCCUGGAACUGCAGCGAUCUCGGACACUGUCCUGAAAUGUGAUUUUAUAACCAUCGGUUUCCUGAAGCGGAGUGAUAGUGAGAAACGGGACUGAUGAUUCAAUCUGUUUACUCGUUGUUACUGGUGUGUGACUCUCAGUUAAUUGUGUGUGACUCUGAGUGAAUCAGGAAUAGCUUAUUUAUUUCCGCAA